AUGGCGUCUUCCUCGGACAACAUCUCCGAGAUUGUGAAGGGAGAAAUUGCGGCACGAGACGCUGAUAUCUCGUCCAUAAACCACAAGGCAAGGCACUCCGAAGACAGGGAACUCGCAUACGAAGAACAUGCCGCGCACGACAAUUUUGUUGCUGCUUUGAAGAAACUCGGCCUUGAAGUGACUCCACACGCGUAUGGUGUCGACACGAGCUUCUCGUGUGACUUUGGGCAGGGAGGCCGACUGAUCGUCUUCAACGCCGAAUACGAUGCGCUGCCCGGCAUUGGGCAUGCCUGCGGGCACAACCUGAUUGCUAGCGCCAGUUUUGCAGCCUUCCUCGGGGUGUGCGCCGCCCUGAAGAAGACCGGCAUCCCGGGCCGUGUCCGACUCCUCGGAACCCCAGCCGAGGAGGGCGGAGGCGGCAAGCUAAAGCUCAUUGCAGGAGGUGCCUUCAAGAAUGUAUCUGCGUGUUUGAUGGUGCACCCCGGGCCGCAGUAUCUUCUCAAGGACCCGGUCCGUGAGGUCGCCUACGUGCGCAUGCUCGCCAACGUGAAGUACAAGGUGCAUUUCACGGGUCGUGCAUCGCAUGCGGCCAUGCUGCCGUGGAACGGUGUCAACGCGCUGGACGCUGUGUGUCUUUCAUACAAUGCCAUAUCCAUGCUUCGUCAGCAGAUCAAGCCGUACGAGCGGAUCCAUGGCGUCUUUCGCGAGGCCGGGGACAGACCCAACAUCAUACCAUCGCGCACCACCGUCGAGUACUACGUCCGGAGCGACACACGCGCGGCGGCAGAGGCUCUAUGGCAGCGUGUCAAAAAGUGUUUUGAGGGCGCGUCGGUCGCGACAGGUUGUGGAAUCGAGUUUGAGCACCUGAACUCGUAUGCUGACGUGCGUCCCUCCAAGGUUAUCUGCGAGGAGUAUGUAAAGGUCAUGCCCGAGGGUACAGUCUCCUAUGCGGACCCCCCAGAUAUCCUCGCCGGAAGUACAGACCAAGGCGAUGUGUGCUAUGUCUGUCCGUCAUACCAUGGAGCAUUCGGUAUCAACACCGAGGUCGGACAGGGCAAUCAUACCCCCGGCUUCACCAGGGCCUCUGCUCUUCAAGACUCAUACCAACGUGCGCUGGCAUGCGGCGAAGGUAUGGCGCUUGUAGGUUUCAAAAUCCUCAGCGAUGACAACUUCGCUGAGCGUAUGAAAGAGGAUUGGGAGGAGGACAUGAAGGUUGCUACUCAGACAUGA